UCUUGCCUCGCUCAUUCCAACAUCUGUUACUAUCAAAGGUCAGGUAAACAUCAACGAUCAAGAACCAGCAUGGCGUCAUCCACCAACACCAAAACCCUCACAGCUGCCUGUCACUGUCGUGAUGUCCACUUUAACAUCACCAUACCCAAGGCCAACUUACCCCUAGAUGUCCACCUAUGCCACUGCAGCCUAUGCCGCUAUACCCAUGGUACCUUCUGCACCUUCCAUGCCAACCUUCCCGAGGGCGUAGAGCCCGAGUUCAUCUCACCGUCCACCAUGAGCAACCUCACUCCCUACACCCAUCCCCAGGGCCACUCAAUUGGAUAUUUCUGCUCAACAUGCGGCUGCAACAUCGGCUGUCAGGACUCAGUCUGGGUCAUCUCGUCCGCUAUAUUCGACGCCAAUCGCGACGACGCAAUCUGGAAGAUCAACGAACACAUAUUCGCCUCGUCUGCCCCUUCGGGCGACCUCGCUAGAUUGCUCCCACAUGUGGGGCCCCAUCGACUCCAUGUCUCCCAUGACCCAGCGAGUAUCUCGUCCAAGAAACAAGCGACAGUUGAAAGAUACGAGAACGAGGUCCUGCGCGCGGAAUGCCACUGCGGCGGCGUCUCCUUCGACAUCGCUCGCCCAAGCAAAGAGUUUACUGAAGAUCCCGCAAACAGCUACUGGGUCCCGCCGGGAGAGGCACAUAAGUGGCAUGCCGUGAUUGAAGUCUGCGACGACUGUCGGCUCGUCAAUGGUGCUAAUCUCGCGGGUUGGGUCUUUGUCCCUACUGAUCAUAUGUCCCCUCGCCCUGAGGAGAAUCUGGCCCUCGGGACAUCGAAGACCUAUCAGUCUAGCGAGGGUGUGCUCCGGUCUUUUUGUGGUCGAUGCGGUGCGACUGUUUUCUAUGGUUGCGUUGAUCGGCCGCAUAUCUUGGAUGUGUCUGUUGGGAUUCUUCGCGCGCCGGAGGGGGUCAUGGCGACGAAAUGGGCUGCUUGGAAAAUGGCGAAUAUCGGGCGGGAAGAUGGAAGGCGUUAUGAUGCUGAGUUUACAAAAGCGCUGAUCGAGGGGGUGGAUGAUUGGGUAAAGAAGAACGACCAGACGACAGUGGACAAGGUGUAGAACUGGUGAAGGGAUGUAUUGGCUUGAGAGCCCCGCUUGUCGUCCUGUUUGUGCUAUUGUUGAUGACUCUCAAUGCCUUGCUCACAGCCUACUAGUGGCAAUUCCAGAUAGGCAAACUAAAC